AUGAAUUUCACAAAUUGUACCACUGAAGCCAAUGUGGCUGCGAAGCCAAAAACAGUAACUGAAAAGAUGCUCAUUACCCUGACCUUGGCCACAAUCACAACCUUGACUAUGCUGCUGAAUUCUGCUGUAAUUGCAGCAAUCUCCACAACCAAGAAGCUUCACCAGCCGGCAAAUUAUUUAAUAUGUUCACUAGCUGUGACAGAUCUCCUUGUUGCUGUUCUUGUCAUGCCCUUGAGCAUCACUUACAUAAUGAUAGAUAAAUGGACUUUGGGAUACUUCAUCUGUGAGAUCUGGCUUAGCGUUGACAUGACCUGUUGCACGUGUUCAAUCCUUCAUCUGUGUGUCAUUGCUCUGGACAGGUACUGGGCAAUCACAGAUGCUAUCGAAUAUGCCAGGAAAAGAACAGCAAAAAGGGCUGGGCUGAUGAUAGUCACAGUGUGGACUAUCUCCAUUUUCAUAUCAAUGCCCCCUUUGUUUUGGAGAAAUCACCGCAGCGUCAAUAUUCCCAGUGAGUGUCGCAUUCAGCACGAUCAUGUCAUCUACACUAUUUAUUCCACAUUUGGGGCAUUUUACAUCCCCUUGACUUUGAUCCUGAUCCUGUACUACAGAAUUUACCAUGCUGCAAAGAGCCUUUACCAAAAGCGGGGUUCGAGCCGCCACCUCAGCAACAGGAGCACCGACAGCCAAAACUCCUUUGCCAGCUGCAAGCUCACACAGACGUUCUGCGUCUCAGACUUCUCCACAUCUGACCCAACCACGGAGUUCGAUAAAAUCAAUACGUCCGUGAGGAUUCCUCCUUUUGAGAAUGACCUGGACCUGGCUGGUGACCGGCAGCAGAUCUCCACAACGCGGGAACGAAAAGCUGCUCGCAUUCUGGGGCUGAUUCUAGGUGCUUUCAUUUUGUCCUGGUUGCCCUUUUUCAUCAAGGAGUUGCUUGUGGGCCUCCACGUUUGCACUGUCUCUCCAGAAGUAGCAGACUUCUUGACCUGGCUUGGAUAUGUCAACUCCCUUAUCAACCCUUUGCUGUACACUAGCUUUAAUGAAGAUUUCAAGCUGGCCUUUAGAAAGCUCAUCAGGUGUCGAGAACAUACUUAA